AUGGAGGAUUUUGCGUCUGGAUUUCCUCCACCUCCGUUCUUCUACAAGAACUAUUCUUUUAGAGAUGUGAGCCUGUCGCAUAGUGUUUCGAGCGCUCACACUCUGCCUUCGGUUCCGUAUACGACGUCGUUAACACCGCAUAUCGGUGAUACGCUGGGCAGUGAGCGCAUCUCAGGUCCGGAAUGCCCCUCUGCUCCUUCCGAUGGUUGGUACAAUUUCGGAACACAAGAACACCUAGCAAUCAACACGGUGGAGUUGGAUUCCGAGACUCUGAUUCGUGUGUCUGUUGAGGACUCGGAUGUCCGAGUUCAUCUUAAGGCUUUGUAUACGGAUUUUAUGGAUUGUCUGCUGUCGUAUUUGGGUCGUAUUAAGAACAUGGACAGCGAUUCUAUUUCCGAUAUCAAGCGUUUUAUGAAGCUCUACAGCAAUAUUCAACAUACGCUGUCGUCCUUCUCGCAGCGAAAGGCGGAGGACGACGUUUUACGAAUGCUCAGAGAUCAGCUGCAGCGUCGAAGGCACUACAUAGAUUGCCUAAAAGUGGCAUUGGUGGAUAUCCACAUGUUACUGUCAAAAGAGAAGGCGGAUGAAUCGUCUGGUAUCGUCGAUGUAAAAGGCAUGGUACCAACCAUUGGGUGUGUACCUCCAAUGUGA